AUUAUGUCCUCAAUGACGUCACGUCCGCGCCCCCAUCUGUAGUACCUCAUCAACACAAUGAUCAACUUCGUUUAUUAUAAUGGAAGACGUGCAUUUUUCUCAACAAAGGCUCAGAAAAUAUGUGUUGUGUAACUUGCUACUUCAUAUACUGCAACCGCAUCUGAGAUAAAAUCCCUGUCCAAUCCCCGGGUGAUUUCCUACGGUGUGAUCAGCUUAAAGAAAGUAGCGCUCAGACACACAAACACACAAGACGAAGAGAAACGUGGGAGUCUCUGUGAUGGCAGGCGGGCGAAGAGGGGUGAACCGCACUGCUUACUGCAGGCCUCCAAUGAACAGUGAGCCAGGCUCUGUCAACAACGGCAACCACUCUACCAGCUCCCCAGUCACAGGGGUGCGCUCUCGGACAAGGAAUAGCUCGGGUACGGGCAUAUCCAGUCCCCCAUUGGCAGCCCAGACCGUGGUUCCUCUGAAGCACUGUAAGAUCCCAGAGUUAUCCAUGGACAGGAACGUUCUGUUCGAGCUGCACCUGUUCUUCUGCCACCUCAUCGCCCUCUCUGUCCACUAUGUCAACAUCUACAAGACUGUGUGGUGGUACCCCUCCUCACACCCUCCCUCACACACCUCACUGAACUUCCACCUCAUCGACUAUAACAUGCUGCUGUUCACAGUCAUCAUACUGGCUCGCAGGCUGAUUGCAGCGAUUGUUAAAGAGGCGUCCCAGAGUGGGAAGCUCUCGUUCCCGCACUCUAUCUUCCUGGUGAUGGCACGGUUCGCUGUACUCACACUGACGGGCUGGAGUCUAUGUCGCUCCCUCAUAUACCUCUUCAGGACCUACUCUGUCCUCAGCCUGCUCUUUCUCUGUUACCCGUUCGGUAUGUACAUUCCCUUUUUCCGGUUAAACUGCGACCUCCGCCGGGACGUGCCGCUCUCACCCAUCGCUAGCAUCGGGUCGAAGGAGGGGGGCAGCAUGGGGCGUGGGCGGGACUACAUGACGGCUCUGAAGGAGACAUGGAAGCAGCACACCAGCCAGCUGUACGGGGUCCAGGCCAUGCCCACACAUGCCUGCUGCCUCUCCCCAGACCUCAUCCGCAAAGAGGUGGAGUACCUGAAGAUGGACUUCAACUGGAGGAUGAAGGAGGUGCUGGUCAGCUCCAUGCUCAGUGCUUACUACGUGGCCUUCGUACCUGUAUGGUUUGUUAAGAGCACACAAUACGUGGACAAGCGCUGGUCCUGUGAGCUCUUCAUCCUGGUGUCUGUCAGUACCUCAGUUAUCCUCAUGAGGCACCUGCUGCCCCCACGCUACUGUGACCUGCUCCAUAAGGCUGCAGCACACCUGGGCUGCUGGCACAAAGUGGACCCUUCUCUCUGCUCCAAUGUCCUGCAGCACAUAUGGACGGAAGAGUACAUGUGGCCCCAGGGUGUCCUGGUCAAACACAAUAAGAAUGUAUACAAGGCCAUAGGGCACUACAAUGUGGCUGUCCCCUCAGAUGUCUCCCACUAUCGCUUUUACUUUUUCUUCAACAAGCCCUUACGAAUAUUGAACAUCCUCAUCAUCUUGGAAGGUGCGAUGAUAUUCUACCAGCUCUACUCGUUGAUAUGCUCAGAAAAGUGGCAUCAGACGAUAUCCUUGGCUUUAAUUCUCUUCAGCAACUACUACGCCUUCUUCAAGCUUCUCAGAGACAGAAUAGUCUUAGGCAAGGCCUACUCAUACUCCAAUUGCUCAUCCGACCAGAAGAUAAGUUAGACAUAAGUUAUUGUUGGUUAUUUGUCAUGGAACAAGAAAACACGCAUGAGAGCUUUGUAUUUUUUCUACAACUGCAUUUUGUGUCACUGAUUUUGUUCUGAGCUGCCAUAAUAAAAAUAAACAUAUUUUUGUAUUCCUUUAAA